AUGGCGUUCCUGCUGCAAGAUGAAAAUUUGCUUUGCCUGACGCUCUUUGUAUAUCUGAGCCUUGUUAGGCUUCCAGAGACAAAGACCCAAUUUCCACGGGUGUGUAUGACGGUAGAAAAGCUGCAAUCCAAGGAGUGCUGUCCAGCUUUGGGGUCGAAUCCAAACAAUGUGUGCGGUUCACAGCAAGGCAGGGGCACCUGUGAGGAGGUACAGGUAGACGAAAAGCCCUGGAGUGGGCCCUACACUCUCCAUAAUGUGGAUGAUCGGGAACAAUGGCCCCUGAAGUUCUUCAACAGAACCUGCCAGUGUACAGGAUAUUUUGCUGGCUAUAACUGUGGCGAGUGCAAAUUUGGCUGGACAGGGUCCAAUUGUGAAGAAAAGAAGCCUCUAGUUGUCCGGAAGAACAUCCACUCUUUGACAAAUGAAGAGCAAGAACAGUUUUUAGAUGCCCUCAAUCUUGCCAAGGCUACUAUCCAUCCUGACUAUAUGAUUGCAACCCAGCAUUGGUUGAGUCUGCUUGGUCCCAGCGGCAAUGAGCCACAAGUCGCAAAUUGCAGCAUUUAUAACUACUAUGUGUGGCUUCAUUAUUAUUCAGUCAGAGAUACUCUAUUAGGACCAGGCCGUCCCUUUACAGCGAUAGAUUUCUCUCAUCAAGGCCCUGCUUUUGUUACCUGGCAUAGGUAUCAUUUACUACUCUUAGAAAGAGACCUGCAGCGACUGAUUGGCAAUGAGUCCUUUACAUUGCCAUUCUGGAAUUUUGCUACAGGCAAAAAUGAAUGCGAUAUUUGCACGGAUCAACUUUUUGGAGCAUCAAGGCCAGAUGAGCCGAACCUAAUAAGUCGCAAUUCAAGAUUCUCAGAAUGGGAGAUAAUUUGCAAUAGUUUGAAUGAUUAUAACCGUCUGGUCAUGCUGUGUAAUGGAAGCAACGAGGGGCCUCUACAGAGGUACCCUUUUAGCAAAGCCGGUGAUAAGCUGCCAACCCUGGAGGACAUUCAGAAGUGUCUCUCUCUUCAGGACUUUGAUAAGCCUCCUUUCUUUUGGAAUUCUAGAUUCAGUUUCAGGAACGCAUUGGAAGGUUUUACUGAACCAGAUGGAAACCUUGAGCCGCCAAUCAUCGGUCUCCAUAACUUGAUUCACUCCGUUUUGAAUGGAACGGGUGCUUUCCCCUAUUCUGCAGCAAAUGAUCCUAUUUUUGUGGUCCUUCAUUCCUUCACGGAUGCUAUAUUUGAUGAGUGGAUGAAACGAUUCAACCCAUUGGAUAGUGCCUGGCCCCAGGAACUGGCACCCAUUGGUCACAACCAGAUGUUUAACAUGGUGCCCUUCUUCCCCCCUGUUACCAAUAAGGAAAUGUUCCUAACUGCUGAGCAACUUGGCUAUAGCUAUGACAUUGAUCUACCAGAAUCUGAAGAAUCCCAGUCUUGGGGUCUGGUGAUAAGAGCCACUAUUCUGGGAGCUCUCUUAGUUUUAGUUGCGGUGGUCCUUCUGCUUAUCCUCUUACAACACAGGAGACACCGGAAAGGCUUUGAGCCACUAUUAAAUCCACAGUUCAAUGUAAAACGGUACAUGAAUGAGCCAUAG